GUAACAUUGUCAGGAUUCAACAAGGAGAAGUGAGAAGUUUAAUCUGACAUCAACAGAAGUGCGCUUAUACGAAUUCAGGAAGCUGUUGGAUACAGUAGGUCAACCGCGAUUCAUAUUUGAUAUUAAUCGGUGUUGUAGUUAUCGUGAAAGCCAGAUGUUUAGGUUUGGCGUGUUGCUCUUCUGUUGGACCUUUGCGUCCUGUACCAUCACAUGCCCGGACAAAACCACCUGUUCCGAUCACACAACCUGCUGCCAAACCGAGCACGGGUACAGCUGCUGUGGCUAUCCUAAUGCUGUGUGUUGCCCCGAUUUGUCCCACUGCUGCCCUCGAGGAUUUCGAUGUAACUUGGCGUCCCAGCACUGCGAGAGAGAUCCUAACUCAUGGACGGACUCUCCGUUUCUGCGAAAAAGUGCUGGGGAACCUCUCGUUAUUCCGUUUCGAACAAUUUUACAUCCGGAAAAUGUGGAACAGCCUCGUGGACCAGCUGUAGUUAAUGGCAGCAAUAGCGAACAGGAAUUGGGAGUCAUUCGUUGCAGUUCAAAGUUCUUCUGCCCGCAGGGCACAUCUUGUUGCCAAGGAUUAUCGUCCGAAUCGUGGAAUUGCUGUCCUUAUCCACUGGGCGAAUGUUGUGCGGAUGGUCAGCAUUGCUGUGAAUAUGGAUACGCAUGCAGCAUCAACCCCCUGUCGUGUAGCAGAAAAACCAGUCCAUUCAAAACAUGAAUAUAUUAAUCAAAAUGGCUGACGACCCUUUGUUAUCUUUUGUUAUAAUUACUGAAUAAUUGUGCCUCUGUACAAGUAUGUAAUACAGUUUGAUGAUUGGAAAAACAAGUGUGCGUUUUUGUCUUGAGUUUUUCUUUUUUUUUGGUCAACGUCAA